AUGUUAAUUUUACAGAAAUCUAGCAAACAAAAAGAGGGAUUCAUACCAGAAGAUAGCGAAAGCAAGAAUGAUCAUGACAAUCCUUUUGAGGAAAUCGGUACAAGACCACCCCCAACCUCCUCUGGAAGUUCUCAUAAAGGAAGAAAGAGGAUACGCAUAAAGAACGCCAGAGAAUAUUAUGAGAACUUGAACAGGGAGCAUCAACAACAUCAGAGUUAUUCGCAAAAUGCGUUGACUUACAGAGUGUACCCAGGACUUCAUCCGAAAGAUCAGACCUACUGCCCAAAUAUGCGCGGUAUGUUUGCCUACACUUGCCAGCCCAGCAAGCCCCUUCGGUUAGACUUGGUAGAGUUUUGCAAGGACUAUUCGGCCUUCUGCAGGGUCCCGAACUUCCAUCGCCUUCCAGGACCGCGGAUGGGUCCACCGCAGGGCGAUAAAUCGAAUGGCCAUGUUGGCGUCAACGGCAAAUUUGGCUUUGGUAUAGGUUCAGUGCCAGGAUUGGAAGUUGGUGUUGGUUGGGGAGUGGAUGUGGGUCCCAUACCCGGUAUGGGUGAAAGCGUUGGAGUUGAUUUGGGACUUGAUUUGGGUAUAAUGGGAGCAAAGACGCCGGAAGCAUUCCGUCGAGGAUAA